AUGAAAAUCCUUCAUCUGAGGAACUCUUUGAUUGGCGAAGCGAAGGAAAAGAUUGACCAGCAGGUUGUCAAUAACAACGAUUACAACAUGGCAUGGAAGAUUCUGACGGAUGCGUACGAGGAUCGGAGGUUGAUCAUGGACACACACAUCGAUGCUCUUCUUGACAACCCAAAAGUCAGCAAAGACAAUCGCGGUAAGUCUAUUUCGAACAUGGUCGAAAUCAGCGUUAAACACACCGAUGCUCUGAAAAGUCACGGGUACCCGGUGGAUGGACUAUCUGAGCUGAUUUUGGUGAACGUGCUAUACAAAAAACUUGAUGGAGACACUCAAGAACAAUGGGAGUCCAAGUUGUUGGGCAGCGGUCAAAUGCCUGACUUCACGGUAUUCAUGGAUUUCCUGAAGGAAAAAGGACGCGUUUUGCAACGGACAACUCGCUUCCAGCAGCAAGCUUUUCAGCAAUCAUCCGCGCCCGGCAAGCUGCGUCAACCGGCAAUGCAAAAACAGUCAGCCCCUUUUGCAUCGAAAUCCUUCAUCCAAACCAUAAAAGAAACGUGUCCCUGCUGCAAGGAGGAACAUUCCAUUUACAAGUGCACGAAAUUCCAAGAGCUGAACACAGAGGAGCGCAAAUCGAUUGCUAUGAAAUCCAUGUUAUGCUACAACUGCUUGAAGUCGAAGCACCGAGUGGCAGACUGUCCAUCGGAUCAAGGAUGCAAGAUCCAGGGAUGUGGUCGGAGACACCACAGCAUGCUGCAUCCCACCGGCGCGCAGCGAGACUUAGUUGAGCUACAGCAGUCUCAAAUUGCAAAACCAACGGAACAACCAGCAUCACCGGAAACCAGUGAAUGCGAGUCAAGUGCAACCACGUUGUGCGGUAGUAUCGGCGGCACGAAGCGGCAAGUGCUCUUGUCCACAGCUGAAGUAUUGGUGAUAGGGCAGAACGGAGUCCGAGUCAAGUCUCGAGCACUAUUGGAUUCGGGUUCCGAUAACUUCCUGGUUGUGCCGAAGGUGACAUCCAACCUACCAGUCACCGACGUAGAUCACCGAUCCUGGCCACUUCCUCCUGGCCUACAGCUAGCGGACCCGUCAUUCCACGUGCCGGGUGAGAUUGACCUCAUUAUUGGCAACGAAAUCUUCUUCGACCUUAUCAAGCAAGGCCGCCUAAAGCUAGACAACGCUGCAAUACUGACGGAAACGGAAUUAGGAUGGGCCGUAGGUGGAUCGGUGCAGACCAGGAAGUCCAGGACGAGCGGGCGUGUCUGCCAACUGAGCCACCAAGAAAAAAUGCUGAGCAAAACCUUGCAACAGUUCUGGGAGAUCGAAAACGUCGGCGCUGAGUCAAAAAUGAGCGUUGCUGAAGCACUUGUUGAGGAACAUUUCGUCACGACGCACACACGGAACGGAGAUGGGCGGUACACUGUUCGUUUUCCGUUCAACGAAUUCCAGCACACGCUAGGUGAUUCGUACGAGACCGCAAGCAAACGUCUGGAUAAGUUAUUAAUCGCAUUGACGAAGGAUCCACUGAAGAGAGAACAGUAUUUCAGCUUCAUGUCUGAAUACCGUUCGUUGGGCCACAUGGAAGAAGCCACGAGCUCCACCACGAAGAUUCGCGUCGUCUUCGAUGCUUCGGCAAGGACGACAACGGGAGUAGCAUUGAACGACAUCGUUUGUGUCGGACCGACAGUCCAGAGCGACUUGCAAUCCAUAAUUUUGCGGUUUUGCUCUCAUCCGAUUGUCCUGACGGCGGACAUACCUAAAAUGUACCGCCAAAUAUUGCUUCACAAAGACGACCGCAAUUUUCAGAAAAUACUCUGGGUGGAUGACAGUGGCGUGCGCACGGUGUACAAAUUGAGUACGGCGGUGACGUACGGAGUGGCUAGCUCCCCGCAUCAUGCAACGAGAACAUUGAUCCAGUUAGCAACAGACGAAGGCAAGACCUUUCCGCUCGCCGAGCAGGUGAUUCGGUAUGAUAGCUAUGUCGAUGACUUUUUAACUGGAGGAAAAACUGUGAAUGAAGUCGUCUCCAUCUACAAGGAAUUGUCAACGUUGCUGCAACUCGGUGGUUUUGGUGUCCACAAAUUUUGCUCAAAUGAUCCGGCUGUACUGAGCGAAAUUCCAGAAGAAUUACAAGAAACGUGCGUCAGUUUUGAGGACACAGGGAUCAACAACACCAUUCGAACACUUGGCUUGAUUUGGAAUCCACUGGAAGAUUACUUCACGUUUUGUGUUCAGACAAUCAACGAAGAAAUCACGACUACGAAGCGAAAAGUCCUAUCGGGCGAUUCCAAGUUGGUGAUGCAGGACAUCUGGCGUGUUGGUUUGAACUGGGAUGACGAGCUGCCAGAAGAAAUUCAGCAGAAAUGGAUUCAGUUCCGGCGUCAGCUGCCGGUAGUGAACGAAAUGCGCAAGCCACGAUGUGUUAUUCCCGGUGAUGCGAUCCGCAUUGAACUACACGGUCGUAUAUGCUAG